CAGUGGAUCACUGAUCAAUGGAAAGAGCUCUGUCAUGUGAUCAGCUGUGUCCAAUCACAGCUGAUCGCAUGGCACUGAUGACCAGUGUGCCCUGAUGAUCAGUGUAGCCCCAUCAGUGCCACCUGUCAGUGUCCAUCAAUGCCACCUGUCAGUGCUCAUCAAUGCCACCUGCCAGUGCCCAUCAGUGUCACAUCAAUGCCACAUAUCAGUGCCCAUCUAAGCUGCCUUUCAGUGCCACCUAUCAGUGCCAGUCAGUGCCACCUAUCAAUGCCAGUCAGUGCCACCUAUCAGUGCUGCCUAUCAGUGCCAGUCAGUGCUGCCUAUCAGUGCCAGUCAGUGCCACCUGACAGCGCGCAUCAGUGCCACCUAUCAGUGCCCGUCAGUGCUGCCUAUCAG